AUGGAUAUGUCAUUGGAACAAAUUAUAAAAAAUGAAAGAAAGGGCAGUAGAGCACGUGGAAAAAGUGCUGGAACACCAAUUAAAACUACAUCAUCACUACCAUCAAGUAAAAGAGGCUCAAGGGGUUCAACUAAAUUUACAGCUAGAUUAGAUAUAGACAAAACAAAGAAAAUAUUAAAACCAAAGAAAACUUUUAUAAAAUCGACAACAACAACAACAACAAUCCCUGCUACCUCUACUACCACACCAAUCCGUCCACCACCAUUAAAAAUUACAUUCCAAAACAAUACCAAACCAAAAACAACAUCACCAAAACUUAUUUCAAGAAAAGAAGAUCGUGAAAGUAGACCAGCUAUAGCUUUGGAUAGAAUUAAAGUAACAAAAUCAAUCUCAUCACCAGCAAGAAAAACAUCACAUAUUGUAUCACCAAGAAGAGAAAGAGGAUUAACUACAAAAAGAAACAAUAAUUUCAACAACUUCCACAACGAUGAUAAUGAAUAUCCACAAACAAUAAAUACAAGAAAACAAUUUGGUAAUGGCCCAACACUUUUUGAAAGAAAUUCAGUAUCACAUAGAGGUGGAGGUGGACCAAGCGGAAAGAAUCUUCAACUAUUCACAGGCUCAAGAUUAAACAUUUCAAAUCUUCACCACGCAAUUACAAUAAAUGAUUUAAGAUUAGUAUUCGAAAAAAUUGGUGAAAUCAAAACAAUUAAAAUUAAUUAUGACAGAUCUGGUAGAUCAGAAGGUUCUGGUUAUGUCGUUUUUUCAAAAGAUGUUGAUGCCAAACAUGCCUAUGAAAGAUAUAAUGGUGCUCAACUUGAUGGUUUACAUAUAGUAAUUACAAAAGGUCAUAGUCUUCAAGAAGAUAUAAGAGAUUUAUAUUAA